GUUAUCAUAGAAGUCUAUAUGAAUCUGCUGCCAGCAAACUUGCAAGCUCCAACACAAAACACGUUUUACACAGAAUUCCGAAAAUUUUUCUCUUUGUUCAGAUUAUUUUUUCACACAGAUAACCACGUCUCAGACUGUUGUGCUCAAGGUUGGCAUGUCAUGCGAUGGAUGUGUUGGGUCUGUGAAGAGGGUUUUGGGAAAAAUGGAAGGUGUGGAAUCAUAUGACAUUGAUUUGAAAGAGCAGAAGGUUACAGUAAAAGGAAAUGUGCAACCAGAUGCAGUUCUUCAGACCGUGUCAAAAACUGGAAAGAAGACUUCCUUCUGGGAAACAGAAGCACCCGCUUAAACAAAACCUGCAGAAACUCGGACUAAUACUUGAUAUUGUAAACUCCAUUUGCUUUACGAACUAGGUCUUUAAUGGGUCAUAGUUUGUCGAAGUGAAUACUAUUGUGGUGUGUAUUUUGUGAAGUACGAUAAUUUACUUGGUGUUUUCUGUGUGGAGAUAAUCAAAUAGAAAAUGUAUUUUUGGUUGUAUGCUUCA